AUGGUGGCGACACGCAGCGGCGCAGCUGUGGCGACGAACACGAAGGCGGCGGACGAGGCGUCAAGCGGCGCAGCUGUCGCGGCGAAAACGAGGGCGGCGGACGAGGCCUCAACACGCAGCGGCGAAAACGAAGAAGAGACGGCGAAAACGAAGGAGGCGGCGGACGAGAGGCGCGGGGAGAGGGAGGGGCAGGGAGGACGAGGGAGGGAGCUCAAGGAGGAGCUGGAGGACAAGAUAGCCAAGAUACGGACCGAGGAGGGCUGGGGUUCGGGGUCGAGGUCGUCAAUAGCGUAUCGCGAGGAGCAGGAUCUCGAGGCGACUGAGGAGGCGGAGAUAGGCCUCGAGAAGAACGACAUCAAGGUGAACAAGUUUGAGAUCCUCUGGAUUCCAGUGACGCGCCGCAUCGCGGUUCAAGUACCAUCCAUCUGA